ACAUUCGUUUGUCAAAGUAAGGCUGUGGCGGCAGCCCCUGCGCUGGCUGCCGGAACGUGCCAGAGCCCGAGUGGCAGCCGGCGGCAGGGCCGCGUGCUCGGGGAGGGGUGGUGAUGGCUUCCCAAAGACGGGCGAGAAGAAAGCCCAUCUAAUUUCGGUUGAUUGCUCUGCAAAUGCGGCUCAUUCAGUCUCCGUCGCACAAGCUCGUUAGGGAAGAGCUAGAGGAGGAGGAGGUUACGGUGUCGCCUGCUCCCUUCUCAGGCAGCCAAACCUCCUCCGUGCUGCCACGUCGCGGCCCCAGGGGUGGGACGGCCGCAGCCGCCGGGAAGGUGACCGGCCGGGAGCGCGUCCCCAGCACCGCAGCGGCGUCGCGCCGUGGGAGCCCGGGAGGUACUCACCGCUGGCACGUCUGAAAGAAGAGCUGCAAGGAGCAACCUGUCCCCUCCCGCACCCGUCCGACCCCAAACAUGGCAUCGCCCAUGAGGAACUUGCUCAGCGACCCCGCCAGGUACCUCCAGUCCUUCCGCCUCUUCCUGGCGAAUUCGACGGAGCACCAGAGCAUGCAGGAGUUCGUGGAGAGGCAGCUGCCAGACGUGAUCACGAGUAUUGGAAACGGGAAGUCUGCAAUCAAUAUUCUGAGCAUUGGUGGCGGAGCAGGUGAGAUUGACCUGCUGAUCCUCUCAAAAGUACAAGCCAGAUAUCCAGGGGUCGCCAUCAACAACGAUGUGGUAGAGCCAAGUGCUGACCAAAUCUCCAAGUACAAAGAGCGUGUGGCUGCGACAUCAAACCUCGGGAACGUAAAGUUUACCUGGCAUGAGGAGACAGCUUAUGAAUAUGAAAGUCGAAUGAAUGCAGAAAAGAAGUCUAAAAAAUGGGACUUCAUUCACAUGAUCCAGAUGCUGUAUUAUGUGAAGGACAUCCCAGCGACUAUCCGGUAUUUUCACAGCCUCCUGGAAGCACAGGCGAAGCUCCUCAUUAUCCUGGUGUCAGAAACCAGUGGCUGGGAAACGCUGUGGAAGAAGUAUGGGUCUUCCUUCCCUUUGGAUGAUCUCUGCUCUUAUGUUUCCUCUGCUGACAUCAAAAGGAUACUGGAUUCAGCCGGGCUGAAGCACCAGCUCCAUGAGCUGCCAUCCCACAUGGACAUAACGAGCUGCUUCAUUGAAGGGGACAAGGAUGGGGAGCUGUUGCUGGAUUUCCUGACAGAAACGUAUGAGUUUUCUAAAACCGCUCCUCCUGAAUUAAGGCGUCAGGUAAUGGAAGAGUUAAGAAAGCCUGAAUGCAGUGAAGAAAGAGAUGGGAAGGUGUUUUUUAAUAACAACCUGAGUGUAAUAGUGGUUGAGCCGUAAGUUUACUUCUUGCUUCUUGAUCCAAAGCAAAUAGUCAGAUAUGAAUUGUUAACAGCUAAAAUAAGUUUUUCAUACUUUAUAAAUGGCUUAGUUUACUUCAAUACUGAAUGUAAUUUUUGGAGCCUGUUAAGAAAUCAGUAUUAAUAUCUGUUGUUAUAAGUGAGCUUUAAUACCUGAUAAAUUCUGUACUAACCUAUGAAUGUGUAACUCACUACGCAGUUAGUUGUGCUUUAUCAUAUGAAUGUUGUAUAAUCAGAUGUAACUCAGACCAUCCUCUCAGGCCCUCCAGAAACCAGAUCAUUUCCUACAAAAUAAAGAACUUUAUGGGGUUUCAUCAUC